UAAGACAUUCGAUCAGUUUUAGAAAUUCCAUCAGGGUCUCAACACGGCGAAAACGGACGACUCAAGUUCAGGUUUUUUGGUAAACCCGGUUUCCACGUAGGUGCUUAGAAAACAGUGACAAGUUUUUUUCAAGUUCGAGAAAGAUUCUGGUUGUUUUUAUCCUUGAAUUGUGACAAUCUGACCAAUAGUGUACCUAGGAAGUCCUUCUUUUGGACGUUUCUUUGGACAAGAAAAACCAAAGUGUAUAUAAAAGAGAAAGUGAUUUGGAAGGCAGUGGAAGUACUUUGAAGUAGAUUUACUGUAAACAUGUCCAUCGGAUUUUUAUGUUUUUCAACAUUGUUUUCUGCAAUUGGAUAGAAUAAAGGAAGACACAAAGAGAAUUCCUACUAAAACUUCAACGUAAGGCAAACCCUACCCUCAAAGUAACACUGUAUUUCGGCUGUAAAGCUGUAAGUGUCAAAAAUGGCCUUAGACUUUUUCGCGGGGUGCUUGGGAGUCUCCGACAAAUUCCAGGAUGCGCUGGAGUAUUGGUCUCCCACCCACUGGACACAAUCAAAGUUCACCUCCAAACACAGGAUGCCAAGAACCCUCUCUAUCGCGGUACAUUCCAUUGUCUCAAAACUAUCAUCGCUAAGGACUCAGUACGUGGUCUCUAUCGUGGCAUGUCCAGUCCUUUGGGGGGAGUAGCUUUCGUAAAUGCAAUUGUGUUUGGCGUUUAUGGCAACGUUCAACGAAUCACUGAUAAUCCGGAAUCGCUGAAAUCCCACUUUUUAGCUGGCUCCACAGCAGGUCUAAUACAGAGCUUUGUAUGUUCACCGAUGGAGUUGGCGAAAACUAGGUUGCAAUUACAAGAAAACUUCCCAAAAGCUACGAAAUAUAAAGGUCCUCUUCAUUGCCUUGGUGACAUAUGGAAAAAGCAAGGAUUGCGUGGGGUUUUUAAAGGACUGAGUAUCACAGCAUUCCGAGACGUACCAGGCUUUUCCAGCUAUUUCGUCAGCUACGAGGUAAUGAUGAGUUGUGUUCAACACCCAACAGCUGUACAUACCCUUAUGGCCGGCGGGCUAGCCGGUACCUUCUCCUGGCUCGUUUCAUUUCCCGUUGACGUGGUAAAAUCUAGAUUGCAAGCCGAUGGUAUGUCAGGACAUCCUCAAUACACGGGAAUUCGAGAUUGUAUGCGAAAAGGCUACCAAGCAGAAGGGCUAUCAUUCUACACAAGAGGUCUUUGCUCAACACUACUUCGUGCGUUUCCUAUGAAUGCUGCCUGCUUUUUGGUUGUUUCCUGGACUUUGAAGUUUGCCGAGAAUUUUCGUCUGAAUGUGAACAUACAGCAAUCACAACCUUUGGUGAUUAUGAGUUCGCAACAUACUCCCGUGGCUGGCCCCCAUACCGGACAUCAUUUCAAGUUUCACGAGGAUCAUCAUGAACAUUCUCGACGAAGAUCACAUUUGAUUAAGAGUCUGCUGUUCUUUGGUGCUUUCAGCGAAGCGGUUUGCAGUGCGGAAAUAGUGGAGCUUGCUAAUGAUCUCUAUGAUGAUCACUAUAGCUACUAUGAUUUCAAUACGGAGUCUUUCUGUCAUUCCAGGAAACACAUGGAGGAUGAUUAUUGCUUAAUAAGUCAUUGAUUCUAUGCCCGGUUAGGACUAUGUAAAUAUUCUCUAUUUUAUUUUUACGGUUUAUUAUUCUACUUUCAUUUUUUAACUGUUUUAUUUAUUUAUAAAAAUUUUAUAUAAAAUAAAAAAUGCUUAGCACGCCCC